GUUUUGAAGAUGAUCCUAUCGAGAACGUCGUCGUUUUAUUGUGAAUAUCUCGGAGAAUUACCUUUCAUAUUCACUUUCCCCGUCACACUCGACCACAUAAGCUCAACUCCACAGCUCCUUUCUCUGCGCGUUCAUGGCGAAUUUUUUAGGGUUUUAUUCCUCGCUCUUCUCCUCCUCGCCUCGCCUCCAAGUGGUAAACGCUGGAGAGAAGCAGAAAACAUCUUUUAUAACGGUACCAUCGAAGUUGCUGGACCUGGCGAUUUCAUGAGAAUGGAGUCGGUCUUUCUUGAAAAAUAAGAAAGUUGUGAAAGUUGAGGUCGGGACUGAAACUAAAGAUGUCUCACUCGACGGAUGGCUUGAGGUAUGUAGCUUGCACCUUGCACUUACAUGUCUUAAAACUUCAACAUCUUGUUAAUGAUAAACUAUACUCUUGUCCGGAGGUUAAACUCAUAAAUCCAGCCACAUAAUUCACAUUUUCGGAAUAUUUCCUUUAAACCCAGAAGACCGAUGCUUAUAUUUGUUAAAAUGGAAAAAUGAAUAUGUGAUGAGAGUAAAAUAGAUUUGAUAUAUGAUGGGAAAUAAUAAUGGAUACAAUAUCAUUAUGUCGAAUAUUGUAUAUCUGAUUUGUUUCCAUCGUAUCUAUAUUUCCUUUUUACUCUGUUUCUUAAUUUCCCUAUAAAUAUGUAUUUCAUUUUCAUUGUAAUGUAACCAGAA